AUGGCGCCGCGAUUCGCCUUCUGCCUUUUGGUGGUCUUCUCCUCCGCGUGGAUCUCAUUAACUUCCACGCUGGACGCCGGGACUAAGCCGGACGCGAGGCGCGCUCCCCCGGGCCAGGUGGCGCACAUCGGCGCGCCCCCACGGGAGCCCCGCGCCCUGCAGGAUUUGGCGCAUUUUGGUGGAUUAACGCGCGAGUUUAAGGCGGGAGAAAGUUGGCCCGACUGGGAAGGUCACGCAAAACUUUCCCGCCAAAACCACGCGGGUCGGACCGAGGAGGAGACGGUUCGGGCGCGGAGAGACGCAGAGACUUGGUCGGAUUUGGAGGCUUCCGAGCAGGAGGAGGUCCAGCUGGCCAGCUCCACGUUCGCCCUGGCCGGCGACACGGCGCACAACCAGGCCAUGGUGCACUGGUCCGGACACAACAGCAGCGUGAUCCUCAUGCUGACCAAGUACUACGACUUCAGCGCGGGCAGAGUGACGGAAAGUUCUCUGUGGAGAUCCACCGAUUACGGGAGCACCUACGAGAAACUCAACCAGAAAGUGGGGCCCAAAACCAUCCUGAGCUACUUGUACGUGAGUCCCAACAACAAGCGCAAGAUCAUGCUGCUGACCGACCCGGAGGUGGAGAGCAGCCUGCUCAUUAGCCUUGACGAGGGCGCGUCCUAUCAGAAGCACAGCUUAGCCUUUGAUGUCCUCAGUCUUCUCUUUCACCCCGAGCAGGAGGACUGGAUCCUGGCUUACAGCCAUGACCAAAAGCUUUACGUCUCCGUGGAGUUUGGGAGGAGGUGGCAGCUGGUGCACGACGGAGUUGUCCCCAACAGAUUCUACUGGUCCAGGCUGGGUUUGGACAAAGAACAAGGAACGAUCCACGUGGAGAUCAGCAUCUCUGACGGACGGUCGCAGUACAUCACUUGCAAACUCCAGAACUGCUCCGAGGGAAACCAGGGGUCGCAGUACAUCACUUGCAAACUCCAGAACUGCUCCGAGGGAAACCAGGGCAAGCCUUUCCCGGGGUUUAUCAUCCCCAACUCCCUGGUGGUUCAAGAUGAAUACGUUUUCAUCCAGGUGCCCGUCGGAGGCCAGCCUGUCCACUACGUGUCCUACAGGAGACACUCCUUCUAUCCUGUCAAGCUUCCCAAGUACACCCUGCCAAAGACUAUAAAUCAGUCUUCUUUACUGCAGAGAGAGUAG